UCGCUAAUCAGACAUGUCCGCGGCAUUGCCUUGACGGCGCCGUGGCUGCUGUACUUGCUGCUGGCAGACAUAGCGCUGUCACUGAUGCUGCCGUUCAAGGCGCUGGCCCCUGAGCUCGUCUACGACGUGUCGUCUCGCAUCGCCGGCUCGGUCUGGCGGUGGAUUCAGCUCAUAUUCGAACACGCCAAUGGCGCUCAGAUCGAAUGCUCUGGCGACGACAUCCCGGCGGGCGAAUCCGCCAUUGUCGUUUCCAACCACUUGGCCUGGUCCGACUUCUAUAUGAUCCAGGCCCUGGCGAUACGCAAGGGCAUGCUGGGGCGCUGCCGCUACUUUGCCAAGCGCCAGCUACGGCUCGUGCCCUUCCUGGGCUGGGGGCUCUGGGCCAUGGGCAUGCCAAUGGUGAGCCGGAGUUGGCUCAAGGACAAGUCAGGGCUCAAUCGUGCCUUUGCCGGUCUAGUUUCCAUGAGGCUUCCGACCUGGCUCAUUAGCUUCAGCGAAGCUACUCGCUUCAGCCAGCAGAAAUACCAAGAGUCGCAGGCAUGGUGUAAGAAGACCGAUCGGCCCCAUCCCAUGCAUCUCCUGUAUCCCCGCACCAAGGGCUUCAUCGCCACGGUCCAGCACCUCCGCAGGGCACCGCACAUCAAGGCUGUGUACGACUUGGCCAUUUUUUACCGUCGAGGCAGUGAGUUCCAAGAGGCCCCGACAAUGUGGGACACACUGAGCAUUCCGAGACUGAGCAAGAAGGCCGGCUUCCAAUUUCAUGUACACGCUCGCCGGUUUCCGAUUGAGAGCCUACCGCACACUGACGCCGAGUUGGCCAGCUGGCUGGAGCAGCGGUGGAUUGAAAAGGGGGAGUGGCUUGAAGCUCAGAGGCAGAAGUGCCUCGACUCUUGAUGCAGCUUGCAAGAAAGUGCCAUGUCGAACUACGAGUAGUAUUGCUAAUACCUAUCUAUCAUGUCUGCACAUAAGAUGACUAUUCUUUACAGGGUACUAGGGUGGCCAUUGAACUCGUUUCAGCUCUCAAGAGAAGUUGUGCAUAUACUAAUACUAUAUAUAUGCUCCGUAUAGUACCUAUAUGUGUUUACGGGGUAUGGCGUACGGGUUGGAGAACGGGCGUUCAAUACUUACUUCAUACUAUAUAUGGUAAUGUCUAAUACUAGUAGUUAGGAGGCAUAGUAUAAGAAUGGAAAAGGGAAGACGGCCAUGGCUGCGACGCACAUGAGGG